AUGUCGACGAUACCAGACGUCCUCCCAAAAUACCACCGCCCCUCAGCCUACAGGCCUCUACCGGCACUCAACCCAACAUCUCCCGUCUCCUUUAGUCCAAGGAAUAUACCGACGCCCGUCAAUCUCUAUCCCACGUUGAUCCUGCGUCGUGCUCCUCGCGACAAUACCGCGUACGGGCUAUCCGAACCAUCCCAAAAGAGCGUCGUCCCGAUGACGUUCAUUCGACCGGAUGUACUACGCGGACCCGAAAACGUGCCAGAUGGUCUCGGCGACGACAAAAUCUACACUUUCUUUGGACUCUCCCAGCUGCUACACACUACCAAGUGCCACAAUCUCAACGAGCCGAUGGCCGAAUGA